CAACGCGGUAUGAAGAAGAAGCGGUCUGUCAGCAGCAGCAGAGAAUCGUGCCCCAGCCAGCAAGCCCCCGGUCCCCCUGGAUCGCCCCAGCGCAGCAGCACCACAGUCCUGGGGGGAACCGCAGAGGACCCAGCCUCUGGGUCGUCAAAACAACAGCAGCAGCCGCCGCAGCCCCGGCUCUGUGGCGGCAACAUGGCCUCAGCUGUUAGUGUCUCGGAGCCGGAGAACAGCGGCGGCAGUGGUGGCGGCGGCGGCGGCGGCGGUGCAGGAGGCUGCAGAGAGCCAGAUCGGCCGCGGAGAAGCGGCAGCAGGAGGCGGAGAAGGACCGGCGGGAACAGACGCGCCGCACCGCCCGAUCUGGAAUAUCUGCAGCGGCCGAGCUACUGCGAUGCAGGGUUCGCCUUGGAGCAGAUUGCAAAGGGAAAGGCUACUGGAAGAAAAGCACCACUGUGGCUAAGAGCAAAGUUUCAGAGACUGUUAUUUAAACUGGGCUGUUAUAUUCAAAAAAACUGCGGGAAAUUUUUGGUUGUUGGCCUUCUGAUAUUCGGGGCUUUUGCUGUGGGAUUAAGAGCAGCCAAUCUCGAAACCAAUGUGGAGGAGCUCUGGGUAGAAGUUGGUGGACGAGUGAGUCGGGAGUUAAGUUACACACGCCAGAAGAUCGGAGAAGAGGCCAUGUUUAAUCCCCAACUCAUGAUUCAGACACCGCAAGAAGACUGUGCUAAUGUACUAACAACAGAAGCACUCAAACAGCACCUUGAUUCUGCACUUCAAGCCAGCAGGGUACACGUGUAUAUGUACAACAGACAAUGGAAAUUGGAACACUUAUGUCAUAAAUCAGGGGAACUUAUCACUGAAGCAGGUUACAUGGACAAGAUUAUAGAACACCUUUAUCCUUGUUUAAUUAUCACACCUUUGGACUGCUUCUGGGAAGGUGCAAAGUUACAGUCAGGGACUGCAUAUCUACCAGGAAAACCCCAUCUACAGUGGACCAACUUUGACCCCUUAGAAUUCUUGGAAGAGUUAAAGAAAAUAAACUCUCAAGUAGAUACCUGGAAGGAAAUGCUGAAUAAGGCAGAGGUUGGUCAUGGGUAUAUGGAUCGACCUUGCCUGAAUCCUGAUGAUCCUGAUUGUCCUAUCACAGCGCCCAACAAAAAUUCAACCAAACCUCUUGACGUGGCUCUUGUUCUAAGUGGUGGAUGCUAUGGGCUAUCAAAAAAAUAUAUGCACUGGCAAGAAGAGCUGAUCAUCGGCGGCACGGUUAAAAACGGUACUGGGAAACUUGUCAGCGCCCAGGCUUUACAAACCAUGUUUCAGUUAAUGACGCCUAAACAAAUGUUUGAGCACUUCAAGGGUUAUGACUAUGUUUCACAUAUCAACUGGAAUGAGGACAAAGCAGCUGCAAUUCUGGAAGCCUGGCAGAGGAUGUAUGUUGAGGUUGUUCACCAAAGUGUUGCACAAAACUCUACCCAGAAGGUGCUUUCUUUUACUACAACUACUUUGGAGGACAUCCUAAAAUCAUUUUCUGACGUCAGCGUUAUCAGAGUUGCCAGUGGCUACCUAUUAAUGCUUGCCUACGCCUGUUUAACCAUGCUGCGGUGGGACUGCGCUAAGUCCCAGGGUGCUGUGGGGCUGGCAGGAGUCUUGUUGGUUGCACUCUCAGUAGCUGCAGGAUUGGGGCUGUGCUCAUUGAUUGGGAUUUCCUUUAAUGCUGCCACAACUCAGGUUUUACCCUUUCUUGCUCUUGGAGUUGGUGUGGACGAUGUCUUCCUUUUGGCACAUGCAUUUAGUGAAACUGGGCAAAAUAAGAGAAUUCCAUUUGAGGAUAGAACAGGGGAGUGUUUGAAACGCACUGGUGCAAGCGUGGCCCUUACAUCUAUCAGUAAUGUCACCGCUUUCUUCAUGGCUGCCUUAAUCCCCAUUCCUGCUCUACGGGCAUUUUCACUCCAAGCUGCUGUAGUCGUGGUAUUCAACUUUGCCAUGGUUCUGUUAAUUUUUCCUGCUAUUCUGAGUAUGGAUCUAUACCGCCGUGAAGACCGGAGACUGGAUAUUUUCUGCUGCUUUACAAGCCCAUGUGUCAGCAGAGUGAUUCAGAUUGAACCUCAAGCCUACGCGGAGGCCAGUGACCACACACGGUACAGCCCUCCACCACCCUAUAGCAGCCACAGUUUUGCACAUGAAACUCAGAUCACCAUGCAGUCUACAGUCCAGCUGCGUACUGAAUAUGACCCUCAUACCCAUGUUUACUACACUACAGCAGAACCUCGCUCGGAAAUAUCGGUUCAGCCAGUCACAGUGACUCAAGAUAACCUCAACGGUCAGAGCGCAGAAAGCACAAGCUCAACCAGGGAUCUCCUUUCCCAGUUCUCAGACUCUACACUGCAUUGUCUUGAGCCACCCUGUACUAAAUGGACAUUCUCAUCGUUUGCUGAAAAACAGUAUGCUCCGUUCCUAUUAAAACCGAAAGCUAAGAUUGUGGUCAUUUUUCUUUUUUUGGGCUUACUCGGCCUCAGUCUCUAUGGAACUACCCGUGUGAGAGAUGGACUGGAUCUUACAGAUAUUGUGCCACGGGAAACACGGGAAUAUGACUUCAUUGCUGCCCAGUUCAAGUAUUUCUCCUUCUACCACAUGUAUGUCGUUACACAGAAUGCAGAUUAUCCCAACAUCCAGCACUUACUUUACGAGCUUCACAAAAGUUUCAGCAAUGUGACGUAUGUUUUGUUGGAAGAGAACAAACAGCUUCCCAAAAUGUGGCUGCACUACUUCAGAGACUGGCUUCAAGGGCUUCAGGAUGCUUUUGACAGUGACUGGGAAUCCGGGAAGAUUACAUAUAACAAUUACAAAAAUGGAUCAGAUGAUGCUGUUUUGGCUUACAAGCUUCUGGUGCAAACGGGCAUCCGAGAUAAACCCAUUGAUAUUAGCCAGUUGACUAAACAGCGCCUGGUGGAUGCAGAUGGAAUCAUUAACCCAAAUGCUUUCUACAUCUACCUGACAGCCUGGGUUAGCAAUGACCCUGUGGCCUAUGCUGCGUCUCAAGCCAACAUCCGGCCCCACCGUCCAGAAUGGGUCCAUGAUAAGGCAGACUAUAUGCCAGAAACCAGGUUGAGAAUCCCAGAAGCUGAGCCUAUUGAGUAUGCUCAGUUUCCUUUCUACCUCAAUGGAUUGCGUGAUACUUCUGACUUUGUGGAAGCUAUUGAGAAAGUGAGAGCAAUCUGUGAUAACUACACUAGCCUUGGAGUUGCCAGCUACCCAAAUGGAUAUCCAUUUCUCUUUUGGGAACAAUACAUUGGUCUUCGUCAUUGGCUCCUCUUGUCCAUUAGCGUGGUUCUGGCUUGCACAUUUCUGGUCUGUGCCCUCUUCCUUCUGAACCCCUGGACAGCUGGGAUCAUUGUGGUGGUGUUGGCUCUGAUGACCGUGGAACUCUUUGGCAUGAUGGGUCUGAUUGGAAUCAAACUGAGUGCAGUCCCUGUAGUCAUCCUGAUUGCUUCUGUCGGCAUUGGAGUGGAAUUUACUGUUCAUAUUGCCCUGGCAUUUCUUACUGCCAUCGGAGACAAGAACUGCAGGGCUGUCCUUGCUUUGGAGCACAUGUUUGCACCUGUAUUGGAUGGAGCCGUUUCUACGCUGCUUGGUGUAUUGAUGCUUGCAGGAUCUGAGUUUGACUUUAUUGUCAGGUAUUUCUUUGCUGUUUUGGCAAUUCUAACAAUCUUGGGUGCUUUGAAUGGAUUGGUGCUACUUCCAGUUCUCCUUUCCCUCUUUGGCCCAUAUCCUGAGGUUUCUCCAGCUGAUGGGAGGAGCAGGUUACCUACCCCCUCUUCUGAACCUCCCCCAAGCAUUGUGAGGUUUGCCAUACCACCAAGUCAUGCUCAGAAUGGAUCCGAUUCUUCUGAUUCUGAGUACAGCUCUCAGACCACAGUAUCAGGAAUCAGUGAGGAAGUCCAUCACUAUGAGGCCACCCAAAGAUCUGGUGCCCCAGUCCGCCAAGUAAUUGUUGAAGCAACUGAAAAUCCUGUAUUUGCAAGAUCCACUGUAGUCCAGCCAGAGUCAAGGUAUCAUCAACCAGCUGCAAGAUUACAGAUUAACCAAGAGCCUGGAUCUCAGCAAUCAUGGCAUCAAAAUAAGCAGCCGAAAAGAGAACCAAGGGAAGGACUCCGGCCACCCCCUUAUCGGCCACGCAGGGAUGCUUUUGAAACUUCUACUGAAGGGCAUUCUUGCCCUAGUAAUAGGGACUGCUCUGGGCAUAGAGCUCGUUCUCAGAACAUCCGAAGCCCAGUCUUCACUGCCAUGGGCACUUCAGUGCCAGCAUACUGCCAGCCUAUCACUACUGUGACUGCCUCAGCUUCAGUUACUGUUGCUGUACAUCCUGCUGUGCACAGCCACAAUACUCGUGGAGGAGGCUUUCCAUCCUACGAGGGAUACCAUGAAACCGACCAUGGACAAUUUGAGGACCCUCAUGUGCCUUUUAAUGUACGGUGUGAGAGGAGGAACUCUAAAGUAGAAGUAAUAGAAUUGCAAGAUGUUGAAUGUGAAGAAAGGACACGUGGCAACAUCUCAGAUUAAGGGAAAUAACUGAAGCAAAGAAGAGGCCAAAGAUGGGAAACCUCCUCUUUCCAGAACUGCUUGAAGAGAAACUGCUUGAAGUUAUGGAAAAGGACAUGCUGCAUCAGGGCAACAGUUCACUGUUACUGUAACCUAUUGUAAUAUUUUGUGAAAUAUUUCUAUAAAUAUUUAAAAGGUGUACACAUGUGUAAUAUACAAGAGAAACCGUGUAAAGUAGUAUAAUCUGGAGUUGUGUUGACUCCUGUUUAACAGAGUGGGGACUGUUGUUUGUGCUCUGUACUUUAUUGUACAUUGAUCUCUGUGCCACACUAAGCUUAAUCUAGUCGUAAAUUUCAGCAUAUGUUGCUGCUGCUUAAAUAUUGUAUAAUUUACAUGUAUAAUUCUAUGCAAAUAUUGCUAAUGUAUUAGGAAUUUUUUUUGUAAAGGUACAUAUGUGUGGUGUGUGUUCUUGCGUGUGUGUGUGUGUUCGUGCGUGUGUGUGUGUGUGUGUUAAAGUAUAUUGAAAUUUUCAUAUCACAGCCCUGUGGUAGUAUGAAAUGUUCCUGUUAACUUUCAAACACGCUAUGCGUGAUAAUUUUUUUUUUGUUUUUGCUUCUUCUUUUUUUAAUGAGCAGAUAUUAAGAGCAACAUGUUAACCUUGUUGGUUAAAGUAGGUGUCGCUGUGUGUGGUUUUUGUGAUGAGUGGGAUUUGCAUACUGUAGUUUACUGUAAUGACUUAAUGGACCCCAGACAAUUAUUCAGAACUUCCUGCAUAAGCUGCUCCCCAGAAGUGAAUGGGGAGUAUAUGCAGGCAUGCACAAGUAUACGGCUCUGCUGCUACUCUUAAGACAUAAUCAGUGCCAGAAAUGUUCCCAGAACAUUGUACUCACUGUGUAAUCUGAGCUUAAUAACCCACCAGUGCUGGUUAAGGUUGCAAGCUUUCACACAGUUACUUGUGAAUAACUGCCACUGAAAUCAAUGGGACGUCUCUGUGUGUAACAGCGUGUAGGAUUGUAGUCAGUCUGGAUGGUCCUCUUAUAGGUCAGUCUGGAUGGUCCUCUUAAACUAGUGAAAAUAGCAUUGGAACAUAACAGCAGCUUUUGAUACCAUCAAAUGACAGACAUAAGGUGGAAGAGUGGAGUGGUGGGUAUUGGCUCCUGUGGGUUCUAGUUUUGAUGCUUCUGUUGUACUAAAUUUGAAUUUAUGUACCCUGUACCUCUUUUUCAUCUGUACAGUGGUUAUAAUUGAACCUUCUCCCCACCCCAGCGGUGAUAAAGCAAAUCCAGUCACCAUAAGACAAAACAAUUAUCAGCUGUAAGAGUUGCUUGCAGCUAACAACUAGUGAAAGCUAACUAGUGAAAGCCAUGUGUUUGAUCAUCACAUUUUGAUAAUUAUUACAGAGAGAGUCACUGCUGUGUUUUGAACAUAGUACAGAUAAUAAAUACAGUUAACUUAGAUUAUAUUCUUCAUUUGCUUGGGCAGGAUCCAAACUAAGUUAGCUGCCACUAAGCAUCAUUGAAAUAAAUCAGACAAGUUAGUCAUUACUAACUUCAGUCCUAUUAAUUUCAAUGUCUCUUAAUCAUGAAUAAAUAAAAGGUGGCUUCAAUUCAGGUAGCUGUUACAUUGAUCUCUUAACACUCCAAUAUAUUAAUGAAUGCUUUAAAGCAGAAACUGUUCCUUUUUCAAAACUAAUAUUUUGGCUUAUUUAAUAGCUAAAAGAUAUAAUCAGUUAAGAAUAGUAGAACAGAAAAUAGCAUAUUUCAUUUCGCAUUUAUUUGUAUGUUUUCCUUUUUUAGAGCAGGUAACAUCACAGAUAUUUUUUAAAACCCAAUUUUGUAUUUAGAUAAAUAUACAUGGGGAACAAAAUCUGUGCUGUUUAGCUAUCCCUUUGCUGAACAGAGAGUCAUUCUGCAUGUUACCUCUAAGUGAAAAAAACAAUGCAAUAGUGACUUGUACAUUUGCUAUGCAAGAGUCCAGUCUCACCACAUGCAAAUAGGGAAGUUUUGCAUCUUUUCCAUGAGAAGGUACAUGAGUUUUCCCUAUAUUAGAAGCACAUGCCUCCUUUGCACAAGAUCCAGGUGUGUAUAGAUAACAUGCAAGUUGCCUGAGCAUCUUCAGGUUGAUGUGAAGCCACCCACAGAACUGCUGUGACAUAAUCUUCUGGUUUAUGAAACCAGUUUCUUGAUGAUGCAUGAUCCACAGACACACCUUCUGAGUUAGCCCUGUAGAAAAGAAGAGUUAUGCUCUUAAACAAGAACCAUUAAUUUCAGUGAGGCCUCUGCAGAAGUUCCUGGCUGUUUUUACUUGUGGGUUGUGCCUAUGGAUCAACUUGCCAAUUAGCUUUAGACAGGUCAUUUAGAAAAGAGAUUCUGAAACAACUAAGUAGUAGUGACCCCAUGUGCAGACUUAAUCAGAUUGGCCCAGCAUGACUCUGUUUAGAAAAAAAGUAUUUUUUCAUACUUAUGUGGCUCUGCAUCAGAUCAUAGGAUCAUCAGGUGGUAUAGUUGAAGAGAGAAGUCCUCCCAAUUUGGUUCAGAUUUGGUGAAUACAAAUGUCAUGUAUUCAAACCCUGGUGGCUCACCUUAGGCUACCCUGAGCUGAUGUUUCAAAAACUGGCCGUUCUGGUCCAGGCAUUUUUUGAGCAGAUGCCCUCCUUCUGGGAUCAGCCUUUGCCCAGAUAUCUUCACACAGGCCUGCUAGAUGUCAAUGUGUGAACUGAUGCACCCAUUUCUGAACCCAACCUUGAAAAUUUUUUGAUAUGAGGCAGUUUUACAUAUAUCUGAUGUGACCAUUCAAAAAACAGAAAGAAGAGAAGGAACUUUUUCAGUGAUGCAUAAGUGACUGUCAAGCAAGGUAGCAAAGCUCAAUCUGUUGGUUCAGUUUCCUGUCCAAGGUGGAAACUCUUUGUAGCAAACAGACACCAGGCCCCAGUUGAGCACUAGCAGUGUGGUAAAGGCUUAUAAAAAGCUUAUGAAAAUCUCAGCUUAUAACAAAAUCUGCAACCAAACUGUAUGAUACUAAUUGCAAGCUACCUUCUACUGCAACAAAUAUAUGUUGGAGAAUCGGAAGUCAUGCUAUUGCUUUGGGGCCUCUCAGUCAGUCACUCUCCAGUCUAGUCUCACUGGGAUUUUUUAGCAGGAAGAGAGGGUGAAAGUAAAAAAGAGCUUUGAUGUUCAGUAGCCCCUGUUAGCAUUCCUUGUGUGUGUGAAUGUGAGAGAGAGUGAGAGAAAGAGAAAGAGCGUGAUCCCCCCUCCCUUGGUGUCUGCUCCAUGGUGCAUAGUAUAGACCAUUUUCUCUUAUUGUCACAUUGGCAAAAGGAGAUCUCAGUGGCUGGCCUUUUUUUUUUUUUACUUAAUUUUUGAUAUUUAUAUUUUUGUAUCAUAAGAAUGUUUUCUUACAGUAUUUGUCAUGCCAGUUUAUAACAAACUCAAUGCAGGGAUUUUAUUUCUAUUGGAAACACUAUUACAGCUAUGUUUUUACUUGUUAAUGGAUUUUUUAUUUGUAUAGAAUGCUUACUAAUGUUAAAUAGGAAAAGAGUAUAUAACAUUUACAUUAAGGACUCAUUUUGUAGCUUUUUAGUGCAAGGAGUUAAAAGGAAAAAAAAAUAUUCAGACUGGGUCUCAUUGCCUGCCUGUGUUUAGCAGGAAUGGGUUUGUGUUUCAGUUACAAAGAUAAAAGUAUGCCAUAUAAUUUAUUUAUAUGAAAAUUUAUUUUUGUAGUGUACAUAGUAGUUCUCAAUCCUUUUGACAGAAUUAUAUUUUUAAAGAGUUUAUAUGUAAUGAUGAUACCAUUAUGUUUUGGAACAUUCUGAGACAUAAAUACAAUGCACACUUCAUUAUAAGCCCCAUUUGCUGACAAAGAACUUGUUAACCAUGUUAAAGAGAGUGUGGAUAUUCAUGUCAUUCUGAACUGUUUUAGUUACCAUUUUGUGAUCUUGUGUGGUUCUCAGUUUUAAAAUCAUGAGUGGAAAUUUGUACAAACUCUCUAAACAUUAAUGUUCAAACACUGAUUAGAAUUUCUAACAUGAAUAAAAAAUAUUAUAACUUAUUGGUUACGUA